AAUCCUCUGAUUCAUGCUAAAAUCACCCUCCUCCUUCAUGCCGGAGUUUGCGGAUUGCUUCAAAGAAUGAACACCACCGUGACCAUACGUACCUGAAUCGUUUCUCAAAUUAUUCAGUAUGCGAAGAAAUGAUAAUGCUAGAUUAGCAAGAAAGGAACAAUCAUUUGAAUUCUUCCACCGAAUUCCACCAAAUAUUGUUGAUUCCGGCUUAAUUCCGAUGGAUGUUGUACUGUAUAUCCCGUUUUCAUGAUCGAUGAUCUGAGUUCCUGCUUCGCACUCCAUACACAGACGCUAUCCGAGUUUCCGAUGAAGUUUUAUGAUCUGUCAUGGUCCUCGGAAUCAGGCGAAGGUAGCACCAGUUCAGAUGAAGUUUUAUGAUCUGUCAUGGUCCUUGGAAUCAGGCAAAGGUAGCACCAGAUCUUACUCCAUAAUCAAGGAUUUGGUUUGCGAAGUUUCUUCUUAAUCAGGACGAGGAAAGCAAGUUAGUGCUCCAAACAAUAAUGAUCAUGAAUGCAUUCUUGAUAUUUCUUGUAUAUAUUGUCUUAAUUUUGAUCCAGCAGUUUGCAUAUAAUAAAUAUCAUUAGCAUUG